UACAUCCUAAAUCAGGACUGUUAAUGGAUUUCAGAGACAACCGAGCGGCGUGUAGAGAUAAACAUGGAGCGAAAUGUUGGGUCACUACAGGAGCAGGCCCUGAAGAGAAAAGAACGGCUAAAAGCAUUAAGAGAUAAACAACUUCAUAGGCAAGAGGAUGGAGAUGAGGAGCCAGAGAGGAAAAAAGCUUCACUAGAGGAGACUGUGGAGGAGCGGCACAGAGAGCUGAAACUGAGGAACUAUACUCCAGAGGAUGAAGAUCUGAAGCAGAGGCAAGUCCCCAAGGCCAAACCUGCAUCAGUGGAGGAUAAAGUAAAAGACCAGUUAGAGGCAGCUAAUCCAGAGCCCAUUAUUGAAGAAGUGGAUUUGGCUAACCUUGCCCCAAGAAAACCAGACUGGGAUCUGAAGCGCGAUGUUGCAAAGAAACUGGAGAAGUUGGAGAGGAGAACGCAGAGAGCCAUCGCCGAACUCAUCCGCGAUCGUCUCCGAGGCAGCGAGGAGGAGCUGGCUGGAGCAGUGGGAGCAGUAGGAGCAGAGGAGGGAGACUCGGACUGAGAUCUGACAGAUGGGAGG